CUCUUUCUGUGUGUGUGUCUCUGUCUGUCUCUCUCUCUCUGUUUGUGUCUCUCUGUGUGUGUUUCUCUCUCUCUGUGUGUGUGUGUGUGUGUGUGUGUGUGUGUGUGUGUGUGUGUGUGUGUGUGUGUGUGUGUGUGUGUGUGUGUGUGUGUGUGUGUGUGUGUGUGUGUGUGUGUGUGUGUGUGUGUGUCUUUCUCUCUCUCUCUCUCUUUGUGUGUGUAUCUCUCUCUCUAUGUUUGUGUCUCUCUCUGUGUGUAUCUCUCUCUGUGUGUGUCUCUCUGUCUCUCUUUGUGUGUGUGUGUCUCUCUCUCUCUCUCUCUCUGUGCUUCUGUGUGUGUGUGUGUGAGUCUCUCUCUCUCUGUGUCUCUGUGUGUUUCUCUCUCUCUGUGUGUUUCUCUCUCUGUGUGUGUCUCUCUCUGUGUGUGUCUCUCUCUGUGUGUGUGUCUCUCUGUGUGUGUGUCUCUCUCUGUGUGUGUGUGUGUGUGUGUGUGUGUGUGUGUGUGUGUGUGUGUCUCUGUGGGUCUGUGUCUCUCUCUUUGUUUGUGUGUCUCUGUGUGUGUGUGUCUGUGUAUCUCUCUUUGUACAAAGGCGCUGAUCGUGGACUACAUGAAAAGGGGGGCCGAACAGAACCCCAUUAACUUCUUGCGUCGAGCAAUCCCGUAUCCGGGAGCGUACAACACCAAAUCCGUAAACACAGGCACCCUCAUAGACAUCAUCCUAUCCAACCUGUCCUCCAAAUACUCCUAUGCUGUCUUUAACCAGGAUCUCAGCGAUCACGACAUCUUUGCCUGCGUCCGUAAUGGGUCUGUGGUCAAGCGACCACCACUCAUCACUGUCAAACACUCCCUACCUCCCCUACUGUAA